AUGGGCGCAAUGAAGUGGCUGGUGAUUUUCAGCUUGCUGGGCAUAUGUUCACAGGCUGCAGCUCAAUCAGAUAUUACAGUAUCUGUGUUCUCGGUAACAUCCAAGACUGCGAUUCUCAGAUGGACCAGGUACUCUGGAGCCAGCUCAUACAAGAUCACAGUCGCCGCUAAAAGCUCACCAAGCACUCCAAUUGCUUUUGCCCAGUUUGGUCCAAACACAGUGAUGGGAUCUGUCAACUCUCUGUCCCCGAACAUCGAGUAUGUCUUCUCAGUCGAAGCUCUGGAUAAUUCCCAAGGAGUACUGAGCAGUGUAGAUAUUAAGUCGUCAACAGCUCCCGAGAUGAUGGAUGCUAUCCAGGCAGUGAAGCCGAAGGAUAGCCAGACCUUGAUGCUAGAUUUCAGCUUGAAAACCGGGGCGACUCAUUACAUCAUUCGAGUCCAGAGUGCCAAUGGCUUCUACAGAGAAGACACAGUGUCCUCCUCCCCCGCUGAGAUCAAGUCCCUCACACCCUACACUGAGUACACGCUCAGCACCUUAGCUGUGAACAGUGGAGGACGCAGCCAGCCGUCACCUUUUGUGACUGAAAAGACAGUUUUGCCUCCUCCUCAGCUCUCCGCCUCUUCUCCCAGCAACGACAGCAUUGUUUUAUCCUGGGCCCCCGUUGCCAACGCCGUCCAGUACACCCUGUCCAUAUACAAGUUUGGUUCAAACACUGACAUGAAGCAGAACACUUCCGACACCAAUUUGACCAUCUCUGGGCUGGAUGCCGGCUCACUCUACAUUAUCAGGGGUUUCGCCUGGGACCCCGAGGGCCGGCAAGGAGAUAUAUUUUGUCUUUGUCUAUUAACAGGACCUCCGACACCAGCUUCUGUCAGUGUAUCUGUGGUGAUGAGUAAUAGUGUGGCUGGACUGUCUGUGUCCUGGGAAAUCGAGCAGGACGGUCAUGGAUCCAUUCAGUACCAUGUGAUGAGUGACCAGAACCUCAUGUGUAACUCCACUUCAAGCUCCUGCACCCUGUCUCCAGUCGACUGUGGGAAGGUGCACACUAUCCAGGUCACAGCUUCAAACGAGGCCGGGUUUGGAUACCCGUCCAACCCUGAGGUGUUCAUCACCUUCCCCUGCCAACCAGAGUCUUUGGCUCUCGAGGAGCCGGAAGAAGGAAACUGCACGCUGACCUGGGACACGGUGCCUCAUGCUGACGCGUACACAGCCUACAUUAAGAGAGGUGAUGGCGGUGAGGAAACCUGCAACACCACCAGCAACAACUGCACCUUCCACUGCCAAUGUGGCUACACAUAUCUGAUGUCUGUGUUCGCCCUCAACGAAGCCGGCAGCAGCCCUCAAGGGGAGAUUCUCAACCAUACCACCGUGCCCUGUUGUCCCCAAAAUGUGUCCGUCUCCCUGGUGAGCACUGAGACUCUGGAGAUCAUGUGGACAGCCUCACGAGGGGCAGAGAUGUAUGAAACUCGGGCUGUGGACAAUUCAGAAGUCAUCUUGUGUAACGACACAGCACCUGUGUGCGCCCUGUCUGACCUCAGCUGUGACAGUCCCUACAGUGUGGUGGUGACACCCUGCAAUGAUAUCAGUGGAUGCAACCGUGCAUGCAAAGCUCACACCAAAGAAACAGCUCCCUGCAUGCCGACAAAUCUGUCAUUGAAUCCGAAAAACUCCUCCUGCAUCAGUGUCAGCUGGACAGCUAACAACCGCGCCGCUACUUACACUGUGAGUGCGUCGGGUGAUGACGGCACACACAUCUGUACCACCAGUGGAAGCAGCUGUGACCUCACUGAGCUUCCCUGUGGAUCCACCUAUGAAGUCAGCGUCAUAGCAACCAGCGCCACGGGCCAGAGCUUACCCAGCUACUCUGACUCUCUGGAAACAGAACCCUGUUGUCCGGUGAAUCUAACAGUGGCUCAGGUCACUCAGGCCAUGACCAACGUCUCAUGGUCUCACGCCAAAGGUGCACAUACGUUCAUCACCUCUUUGACAUCACGGCGCGGUCACGCCCGCUGCCACACACAGGACUCCCACUGCCUCAUGGGAUGCAUCACCUGCGGCACAAACUACACCGUCACCAUGGAGGCGUUCAGUCAAAGCGGGCGCAAUUCCAGCUGCACCUAUCAGGGCUUCUCAUCCAGUGCCUGCUGUCCGUCAGGUGUUAAACUGUACAGGAUGGCCUCUAACUCUCUGCGGGUGUACUGGCGCAGUGCUGGCAGCAGCCACAGCUACAUCGCAGAGAUGGUGGGAAGCAACAACAACUACACCUGCAAUGCGUCUCCUGGGGAGAGCAGCUGUGAUGUUGGCACCGUCCAGUGUGGGGACGUGUAUCAUGUGGUGGUGGCCCCGCUGACACCAGAGGGCAGCAAAGUCCUGUUCUGUGCUCAGAGAGUGUACUCAGUCACUUGCUUAGGAGGCAACGUUGGAACAGUGAUUUACAGAGGGAAGAGAAGUCUGGACUAG